UGAGACUGAACAAAUUCCGUACUCCCGCUGUCUCUUACGUCUAUGGCGUUUCACGUCCAUACAUCAACACCAAGGUUCCACUUCGUAUACGCGGCUGCGCUUCUUGUGGUGAUGAGUGCUUUGCUCGUAGCUGCUGAUCAAUACGUCAAGGUCUCUAAUGACUCAACUGGAUUUGUUUUUGACAAUGAGGAUUUCUACUUCAAAGGCAUUAAUUUCUGGGAAUCCGUUUGGCUGGCAAUGCCGGAAGAGUCAGGAGGAAACAGAACCAGGCUGCAUUGCGAGCUCGAUACGUUAGCCAGCAUGGGAUUGAAUGGCAUAAGGAUCCUCGGCUCCAGUUUGGGACCAAACUCUGAGCCGUAUCGGUGGAAACCGGCUCUUUUCCCAGAGCCAUCCAAGCAGGACGAAUCAGUGUUCAAAGGACUCGACUACCUUCUUCAUUCCUUGAAGAAGCGGAAUAUGAAAGCUAUUGUCUCUCUCAGUGACUUUUGGCACGACUCUGGAGGAUUCGGACACUACAUCAAGUCCCUGGAUCAAAAUCAUCUGCUCACUAGCGGCCUGGAAGGGAAAGGCAACGACAGUGGCAAACUGUUCAUCCGUACACAUUCCAGUCCAUACCUGGAUUUUGCAACCGUGCAUCUUUGGAGACGGAUGGGAGAAACAGGAGUGGACAACACCAAGCUCCUCAAACAGAUACAGUCCAGAAGCAGCAACAACAUUCAGAGAUGACUACUUCAACCACAUCUAUGCUGUUGUUCAUGCAACAGCGAGGAAUUCAUUCGCGGGGAUUGCACCAUGGGCUUGGUCAGGCCAAGGUCGUCCCUCAGACACUGGACCACAGCAACUUGGGGAUCCUCCACAUGAAACACCUGGAUGGUACUCAAUAUAUGACCAGGAUGCUGGCACGAUCAACAUUAUCUCCAACUAUUCGAAAGGAUAGUUUCUGUGGCCUGAGAAAAGCCCUUGGGAUCUUUUCAGAGACUAAGUCCCACUUGUACAAGAUGCUUGAGUAGUGCAGCGGAAGUGUUGAGCAGUUGAACCCUUGCACUAGUACCGUAUUCCCCCGGAUAAAACACUCAUGGGUGGCACUAAAUUGUGAUGAAAAUUUUAGUGGGGGUGUAAUUAGUGGCACUUUUUGUAU